AUGUCGACCGAGUCGCUUCCUCCUCCGCUCAAGAUCCCCGAAGUCAGCCGCUUCCUUAAUCGCGCGAACCAGCUUCGCACGGUCAAGCCCGCCAUCGCAUACUGGUGCGAAUACCACGCCGUCAACCAAAUUGUGACCAAGGGCCUUCACACCACCGACGACGACUGCUUCACAAUCACCAAAACCCUUCUGGAAAGACUGGAGGCUACCAAGGUGGAGCGCGCGGAUGAUGACGCCGUGGUAGACAAUACAGCUGGGCAGGCGUACGUCGAGCAAUUUGCCCAGGAAACAUUUGAGAGGGCCGAGCGCGCAAUGCGAGCCAACAAGGUUACAAGACAAACAGCAGAUACGUUCGAUGCGGCGGCAACUUUCUUCGACAUCACACACGAAUGGGGCACUCCCGAACCCGAAGUCCUGAAGAAAAUCAAGUUUGCCAAGUGGAAUGCUGCACGAAUCCUGAAAGCUAUUCGGGACGGCAGGAAUCCCAAUCAGUCGAAUCCCAAGGUUGAGGAGGAUGCAGGUUCGCUUGCCAGUGUCGCAGAUCCAGUAUUUCGGGAAAUCACCAGCCCUGUUGGAACACAAUCAGCCGUCACGACUACUGAAGGAGCUUCAGAUGCAGCAGAAUCUCGGGCCCCCCCUCCCGCGCAGGGAUACUUCCCGCCUGCUUCCGCCUCGGCCAACAUCUUCGCUGCUUCGCCCUUGAGCCAGGGUUUUGGUCCAUCAGCAUCAGGGGAAGCGCUGCCUCCUGCUCCAAUGUCGCCUGCAUCGUCUCCCGAUGUGCACAUUCCGCUGCAGUCGUCUACUCAGAUUGCUGAAAAGGUACCGCGCCAAGUUACGCCUCCGCCACCAGAACCAUCGUGGACAACUCCUGCUGCUGCGACAUCACAGCCUGCCCACAUACCUGAGAGGCAGGCGGCUUCACAGGUUCCGGCCUUGCCUGCGGAAUUCACACCGAGCCAUAAGAAUAUUGAACAGGCGCAAAAGCAUGCCAAGUGGGCUAUUUCGGCGUUAAACUUUGACGAUACUCCUACCGCUGUUCAGGAGCUGAGAAAUGCCUUGGCCAUGCUUGGUGCUCUAUGA